CGAGAGUAAGAGCUGAAUCUGAGAGAUGAAUUUGGAGGCAGUGGGUGAUCUUGCGCUGCACAUAAUCCUCAGCAAGUUAGGAGCGGAAGACUCAGCGAAAGCAGCAUGCGUCAGCACCAAACUCAGAGCUUCCGCCUCCGAUGAAUCCCUUUGGUCCCUUUUCUGUGCUCGAGACCUUCACCUCUCGCAACCCCUCGACCCCCUUGGCAACCUCGCCCCUUCUUUCAAGGAAAGUUACCAACUAUGGCGUGUAUCUUUUAAAAUGUAUCCUUGGUCGCUUGUAAAGCGAGUCAAAAGAUGCUGGGACAAAAUUAGAAACUGGUUGACUAUUAAUUUUCCAGAGGCUGUUUCUACACUGAAAAAGGGUGCAUCAGAAGCUAAUAUACAAGAGGUGGAGAAAAUCUUGAAAGUGAAACUUCCUCUUCCAACAAGGAUCCUGUAUCGUUUUCAUAAUGGUCAAGCUUUUGAGGAAAAACAUUUUCAAAAUAGCCUGGUUGGCUGCCCAUUGGGCCUCAUAGGUGGUUAUGCAUUUUAUGACCACUCGGUAACUGUGUAUUUGAUGCCUUUACGUCAGGUAGUCUUAGAAACAAUGAAGAUCAGACGUAAACUGGGUUUUACUGGUAGAUCAGAAUAUGUUGUUGUGGCGGAUUCUUGUACAUAUAGCGGGAAGUUAUUUUUCCUGAACUGUACAAGUGGUCAACUCUAUGUUGGUACCAGAAAUCUUCCAACUGAUGGGCAAAUGCUUCCUUGCGUACCAGAUGCGUUGAUAAGUUCAAUUCAUGAUUGCAAUGUUGAUCAACAGCAGGAUGGCAUGCUGCUUUGGUUAGAAGAGCAUGGCCGUCGUUUAGAAAAUGGCAUUAUUAAACUUCGUCAAGAAGAAAAUUUCAGAACCAUCAGUCAGUUUCCAGAAGAAUCCCCUCUUUGUUCCACUGCUAUAACAAAUGGCGUAAAGGUUCGUGCUUCUGCUGUGUUUGUCCCAGAGCGUGCUGAUCUUGAAAAUACUUCUGAAAAGUAUACAUUUUCUUAUUCGAUCCGCAUGUCCCUUCUUCCUGAAGGAUGUGUGAUUAAUGGAAUGCCAUUCAGCUCUUGUCAGUUGAAUUGGAGGCACUGGAUCAUUCGUUCUAAUGAUGUUGUGGUAGCUGAUGUUGGAGGAGAAGCUGUUAUUGGACAGUACCCACUCUUGCGUCCAGGUGAAGAGGAAUUCGUUUAUGAGAGUUACUCUUGUCUACCAUCUUCUUCAGGUUCUAUUGAAGGUUCUUUUACAUUUGUCCCUGGCAGUUUGAGGGUGCCAAAGGGUGGCCCGUUUGAGGUUGCAGUGGCACGGUUUCCCCUCCAGCUGCCCAACUACAUCUUCUGAUGAUCGGAAUGCAGGAUUGGCAUAUUACAAAUGGCAGCUCUAGUUCAAGGAUCAUCUGUUGUGUGCCCGCGUGUAUGUAUUUAUAAAUUCAAUAUUUUGUGUGUUUGAAAACUCUACAUUCUCCCUGGUAAACAGUACUGUAGUAUAAUGACAACCUAUUUAUGUUACGCGUCAA